UGCUAUAAAGAAAGAAAUGGAGCAGACAGUUGUUUAUUUACAUGGAGAAAUGAUCCAGUGCCACCAUUAAUUUCCUCCACUUUGGCUUAAAUUAUUGUUGGAAGCUGCCAUGGAUGAACCUUCCUAGCAUUGAAUAGAUCAGGACUCCACCUUCUUCUUCUUCUUCUGCCCCAGAUGAACCCCAUUGCUUCAGUUCGAUAGUGGUCCAGUCAAUAUUCACGAGUUCAUUCAUUAAAGAAAAAGAAAUCAAAAGUCACAAUGUCUCCAAAGUUUUCAGUUUAAUCUCCUCCACCAAACCUAGUAGAAAACACCUCAAACUGAUGUGCUAUUUAUUGCUUCUCUGAUUUAGGACUCUGAUCUCAUUCUGGAGAAACUGAAAAAAAAAAAAAAAAAAAAAAAUCUUUGUGGAGGCUGAGAGUAUGAGCAGGGUCUCUAAUGGCGGUGUUCUUCCUCAGCUGCUGGGGUGCUGUUUGUUUCUGUGCCUAAGCAGGCAUGUUGCUGCAUACUCUGAAGCAGGGGCAUACGGCGACGCCGUCAUUGUCGACGGGGAAGCCCCUAUCGCCGUGACUGAUGAAGACUUCAUCUGCGCUACUCUGGACUGGUGGCCGCCGGAGAAGUGUGAUUAUGGGACAUGUAGCUGGGGGUCGGCAUCCCUGCUCAACCUGGAUCUUUCCAGUCCCAUCUUGUUAAAUGCCGUAAAAGCUUUCUCGCCGCUGAAGCUUCGUCUCGGGGGAACCUUGCAAGAUAAGGUGACAUACCAGACAUCAGUCCCUGCGCAGCCUUGCACGCAUUUCGUCAAGAACGAGUCCGAGAUGUUUGGUUUUACUGAAGGCUGCUUACCUUUGCCCAGAUGGGACGAACUGAACGAGUUCUUCAAGAAAUCAGGGGCCGUCAUAAUCUUUGGGUUGAAUGCACUAAAUGGAAGGGUUCUUCGGAGCGAUGGCUCAUUUGAGGGACCUUGGAACUGCACUAACGCUGCUUCUCUCAUUCGCUUCACGGUCAACAAGGGCUACACAAUUCACGGUUGGGAGUUCGGAAACGAGCUGAGUGGAUCGGGAGUGGGAACCAGCGUCGAUGCGGAUCAGUAUGCCGCAGACGUGAUCAAUCUCAAAUGGCUCAUCGACGACAUCUACCGCGGCUUCCCAGUUAAACCGCUGGUGCUAGCGCCGGGGGGUUUCUUUGACGCCGACUGGUUCGCCGAGCUCGUCCGGAAAACAAAACCCAACUCGUUGGACGUGGUCACUCACCACAUUUACAACCUCGGCCCAGGCGUGGACGAGCAUUUGGUCGAGAAAAUUCUGGACCCGACCUAUCUGGACGGCGAAGCGAGCACGUUCAGAGAUCUUCAGGGCCUGCUCAGGAACAGCGGGACUAACGUCAAGGGCUGGGUAGGUGAGGCUGGAGGGGCUUACAACAGCGGCCGCCAUCUAGUGACUGACUCCUUCGUUUUCAGCUUCUGGUUCCUGGACCAGCUCGGCAUGUCCGCCACCUACGACACCAAGACGUAUUGCCGGCAGACGUUGGUCGGCGGAAACUAUGGCCUCCUGAACACGACCACCUUCCAUCCAAAUCCUGAUUACUACAGUGCUCUGCUGUGGCACCGGUUGAUGGGAAACCGGGUCCUGUCGACGAAUUUAACCGGCAAAUUACCCAAUUCGAUACGAGCUUAUGCUCACUGCGCGAAAGAAUCACGAGGAAUCACACUCCUGUUGAUCAAUCUCAGCGGCAACACCACGACUCGGGUUCCGAUCAUAAGCAAGACUGCUUAUUCGCUCGGCCAGAAGGAUCUCUGGGCUGGUGGAUCAGGAUUCAGGGGAAAUGUUCCUGGUCUGCCGCCGGCGGAAAGCACAAGGGAAGAGUACCACCUGACAGCCCAGGGCGGCGACCUCCAUAGCCAGACCAUGCUGCUGAAUGGCAAUGCCUUGAAAGUAGAUGAGAAUGGGAAUAUUCCGAUGAUGAUGCCUGUUCGAGUUGAAGCAUCGCAGCCAGUCACACUGGCCCCGUAUUCUAUCGUCUUCGCUCACAUUCCCUUCUUCCAAGCUCCGGCAUGUAGGUAGUGUUCAGAAGUAGGGGGUGGACUGCUAAGUGGCCUCUUACUGCAUGUGAUCCCUCUGCGAGAAGGAUUGUUUGCGUGCAUAAAUGUGAGUAGGAAGAGUAGAUGCGAAACAGCUAGGAGUUUAUAUGCUAUUCUUUGCACCAUUUCGAAGCCGAUUGCAAUAAACAAGCAAUUGUGUAAUGAGGCAUUACCUCUUUUAGCAAGCAAACUCAAUAUCGAAAUUUCAUCCGAGUUUCAAGAAAUUCUCUAUGAGCACUGCUCUGGCAAACUGGGUCUAUGUGCUCAG